UGACCCACGUGGUAGCAGCGGCGUCAGAGAGGCGUCUCAGAUCAUGGACGAACUACCAGCUGAUGUGCGGGCUUUCCUGCGCCAGCACCCCAGCCUGAAGCUGCUGCCGAAUACUCAGAAGGUGCGCUGCUCUCUAACCGGCCAUGAGCUACCCUGCCGUCUUCCGGAGCUUCAGGUCUACAUCAGCGGCAAGAAGUACCAGCGGCUGACUAGAGCCUCCCCGGCCUUCGAUUACACAGCGUUCGAGCCACACAUCGUGCCCAGCACAAAGAAUCCGCACCAACUGUUCUGCAAACUCACCCUGAGGCACAUCAACAAGUCCCCAGAGCACGUGCUGAGGCAUGUCCAGGGCCGGAGGUAUCAGAGAGCACUUCAUCAAUAUGAGGAAUGUCAGAAACAAGGUGUGGAGUAUGUCCCUGCUUGCCUAUUGCACAAGAAGAGGAAGAGGGAGGACCACAUGGAUGGAGAUGGGCUACCUGGCCAGAGAACAGCUUUCUGGGAACCAGCUUCCAGUGACGAGGGAGGAUCCCUGAGUGAUGACAGCAUGAUAGACCUAUACCCACCUGAACUGUUCACAAAAAAGGAUCUGGGCAAGCCUGAGGACACUACUGAAGACUUUCUGACAGACCAAGAGGAAGAGAAGCCAAAGCAGUUGAGAGAGAAGGGCACUGGGGAGAGGAGAGAGGUCAAAGUGGACCACAAGAGGAGCCGCAAACUCAGAAAGAAGCAGUUCACCUCGUUGACCAAGAAGUUCAAGAGCCAUCAUCACUGCAAGCCCAAGAACUUCAGUUCUUCCUUUAAGCAGCUGGGAAAAUGAACUGUGCAGAGAAAGCCUUUGGGUGUCCUGACAUUGGCUGUUGCCCAGAGUGGGCCUGGAGGUUCUGUUCAGAAGGUGACAGCAGCAGGGACUUGAAGAUUCCUCUCCAUGCAUGGCCUUUCUGUGGUCUUCAGUGACUCACUGUAGCAUCCUGACUUUGGCAGGCCCCCACCCUGGCUGGUCACCACAUAGGAUCACACUAUAUACCACAAAUGCCAUUAUUUAUUUUGAUGUUUCCAAAGAUCAAAACAUUUUCAAACACAACUAAGAUAUAAAAUACAGCAUAAAAAUGAGGUUUAUACCUAUUCCCACAUAAAGCUAAAGCAUUUUCAGAAACCGUUUUGCCAAACCAA